UCUGGUUGUGACACAGCAUGGCGACAACAGGGAAGGUCAUCCGCUGCAGAGCUGCGGUAGCAUGGGAGGCCGGAAAACCCCUCGCAAUGGAGGAGGUGGAGGUGGCGCCUCCUAAAGCUGGGGAGGUUCGCCUCAAGAUUAUGGCCACAGGGAUCUGUCACACUGACUCCUACACACUGAGUGGGUCCGACCCUGAGGGAGUCUUCCCUGUAGUGCUGGGCCACGAGGGUGCUGGUAUUGUGGAGAGUGUCGGGGAGGGAGUCAUCCAGUUUAAACCAGGUGACACCGUCAUACCCUUGUAUGUCCCGCAGUGCAGAGAGUGCAAGUUCUGUAAGAACCCCAAAACCAACUUGUGUCAAAAGAUCAGGCUCACUCAGGGCAAAGGCUUGAUGCCAGAUGGGACCUCCCGUUUCUCCUGCAAGGGCAAGAGCCUCUUCCACUUCAUGGGCUGCAGCACAUUCUCUGAGUACACAGUGGUGGCUGAGAUCUCCCUGGCCAAAGUGAAUGACAAGGCCCCUCUGGACAAGGUGUGUCUGCUGGGCUGUGGUAUCACAACCGGCUAUGGAGCAGCGUUGAACACUGCCAAGGUGGAGGCUGGGUCAACCUGUGCUGUGUUUGGUCUGGGAGCACUAGGUCUCGCAGCAAUCAUGGGCUGUAAAGUAGCCGGAGCCACAAGAAUCAUUGGAAUUGAUCUCAACCCUGACAAGUUUAAAACGGCUCGCGAGUUUGGUGCCACAGACAUGGUGAACCCUAAGGACCACAGCAAACCAAUCCAAGAGGUCCUAGUAGAGAUGACAGAUGGAGGCGUUGACUACUCCUUCGAAUGUGUGGGCAAUGUGGCAAUCAUGAGGGCAGCCCUGGAGGCCUGCCAUAAAGGAUGGGGUACCAGCGUCAUCAUCGGUGUGGCAGCAGCUGGGAAAGAGAUUGCCACCCGACCAUUCCAGCUGGUGACUGGCCGCACAUGGAAGGGCACUGCCUUUGGAGGUUACAAGAGUGUCGACAGUGUUCCCAGACUGGUGGAGGAGUAUAUGAAUAAGAAACUGAAAGUGGAUGAAUUUGUGACUCACACUCUGCCCUUUGAGAAGAUCACCGAUGGGUUUGAUCUCAUGCAUGCUGGAAAAUGCAUUCGCGUCGUCCUCCAGUUCUAGAGGCACACAGUGGAGCACACAGAAACCACAAUCUCACUCCAUGUUUACUCUGCUCAAUUUAAUAAAUAAUCUUUCAGCUCCCUG